CCCGGCGCCGCCGCUCAGCGCUGAGGGGGAGGCGGCGGCGAAGAUGGCGGCGGCGGCCACUGCGGGGAGAGCGGGUUCCUUCGGCUCCUCCUCCUCCUCCUCGCCCGGGCUCGGCUCGGCUGCCGGUUUUUCUUCUUCUCCUUCGUCCGCCGCCACGGGCGCGGCCCCCGGGAGCGGCGCGGAGCUGCGGGCGGGCGGCGAGGAGGACGAUGGGCAGAACCUGUGGUCGUGCAUCCUCAGCGAGGUGUCCACUCGCUCCCGGUCUAAGCUGCCUUCGGGGAAGAACGUCCUCCUUCUGGGUGAAGAUGGAGCAGGUAAAACUAGCUUAAUAGGAAAAAUUCAAGGAAUCGAGGAAUACAAAAAAGGAAGAGGAUUGGAGUAUUUGUAUUUAAAUGUGCAUGAUGAAGAUCGAGAUGACCAAACAAGAUGCAAUGUAUGGAUUUUGGAUGGUGACCUGUAUCACAAAGGUCUUCUUAAGUUUGCUUUGGAGGCAAGCUCUCUAAAGGACACUCUAAUUAUGUUGGCAGUAGACAUGUCUAGGCCUUGGACUGCACUGGAUUCUUUACAAAAAUGGGCAAGUGUUGUAAGAGAACAUAUUGACAAGUUAAAAAUUCCUCCUGAAGAAAUGAAAGAGAUGGAACAAAAGAUGGUAAGAGACUUCCAGGAAUAUAUAGAACCAGGCGAGGAUUUUCCAGCUUCUCCACAGAGAAGAAAUACUUCAUUACAGGAAGACAAAGAUGACAGUGUGAUUUUACCCCUGGGUGCAGAUACACUAACAUGUAACUUAGGCAUUCCAGUAGUAGUAGUUUGUACAAAGUGUGAUGCCAUCAGUGUUCUGGAAAAAGAGCAUGACUACAGAGAUGAACACUUCGACUUCAUUCAGUCACAUAUCAGACGGUUUUGCUUACAAUAUGGGGCAGCACUUAUUUACACUUCAGUAAAGGAGAACAAAAACAUUGAUUUAGUGUAUAAAUAUAUAGUCCAGAAGUUGUAUGGAUUUCCUUUCAAUGUUCCAGCUGUUGUUGUGGAAAAAGAUGCAGUAUUUAUUCCUGCAGGUUGGGAUAAUGACAAGAAGAUAGGAAUAUUGCACGAGAACUUUCAGACACUAAAAGCAGAAGACAGUUUUGAAGAUAUCAUAACAAAACCACCUGUCAGAAAGUUUGUUCAUGAAAAAGAAAUAGUUGCAGAAGAUGACCAAGUGUUUCUUAUGAAGCAGCAGUCACAGUUGGCGAAACAACCACCUACUGCUGCAGGAAGGCCAGUGGAUGCUUCUCCAAGAGUUCCUGGAGGUUCUCCUAGAACACCAAAUAGAUCUGUAACAUCAAACGUUGCCAGUGUAACACCUAUCCCUACUGGAUCAAAAAAAAUUGAUCCCAAUAUGAAAGCUGGAGCAACUAGUGAAGGAGUCCUGGCUAACUUCUUCAAUAGUCUCCUGAGCAAGAAAACUGGUUCCCCUGGUGGCCCUGGUGGUGUUGGCGGCAGUCCAGGAGGAGGUGGCACUGGAGGUGCUGGCAGCAACUUACCACCAUCAGCGAAAAAGUCAGGUCAGAAGCCAGUUUUAACAGAUGUUCAGGCAGAAUUGGACAGAAUUUCACGAAAACCUGAAAUGGUCUCUCCUACAUCAUCUACAUCUCCCACAGAAGGUGAAGCAUCUUGAAGACACCAAAUAAAACCAGUUGUUCAGUUUUCUGGGAUAAUUCAAACUUGCCUCUGCCUCUUCCUUCAGUGACUGGAACUAAAGAACUGAAGUAUCUUUCAGAACACAAAGAGUUGUUGUCUGUCUUUCUUUCAUAUGUGUUGCCCAGCUUUACAAAAGGGAGUUGUACAGAUGGAAAACGGUUAUCACAUCAUGUAGGACUACUGUUCACAGUGCAAGAAUAGUAAUUUUUUUUUCUAGGUUUUGUUGAAAAGUCAGUGUAAUUCUGUAAAACUGCAAGUAUGUCCACUUAAGUGAUAGGGGUUGCUUACAGCAGGAAAACUGAUACACACCACAGGCACUUAAUUUAUAUUGAUUUUCCAACCUGUUAAGCAAGUUUUGUACUGUCUUAAAUAGAUUAAUCUCUACAGGAGAGAACAACUGCUAGUUUUUGGAAAAGAAAAUUAAUAGCACAGAGCUGUAACAACAAGCAAGAAACUCCAGUUAUACUUGAAAACUUCAUUUAGAGUAUGAUUAAAAAAAAAAAUCUGUUUGAUCUCCACUGAGAUUUACACUGCAUUCAAAAACCCAUGCAAAAAUUCAUUCCAAGUGUAAAACUAAAUUGGCAGCCAGUUUCUUUGGUUUUUCUCUUUGAUUAAUUUCAGACACUGAAUAAAAGAUGUAUAAAGAAAAAGCAGAGGUUAAAUGUACAGAUUAUCAGUAUCCAGAUUUGUCUAUAUAUAUAUGGCUCAGCCUUAACGUCCCCCAAUGUUUCCCACAUUAGUUAUGGUUUAAAAUUGGUCAUCAAAACUGUAAACAGUUAAUAAAGUAUUCUCUGCAUUCGAAUUUAAAUAAUGUUCAUUGAAGCUAUGGUAUUCUUGUUCGUUUACAGUGAAAUUGAAGGAUAUUUUACCUCUCAGCAGAUAAUAUCCCUGAUACUUAAACUUCCUCAAAACAUUGUUUCUGGAAGGAAGUGGGUAAGUCUGCAGUGUUAGUAAAACUAUUACAGCUUAUCUGACUUUGGAUGCUUUCUGCUGUGGAGUGUUUUUAAAAGCGCACUGGUUGCACUGAGGAUCCUGCUGCCGACUGCAGUGUGUUGUCUGAAGAAGCAGUUGCCCGGGGUUAGGACUUUACCUAAGCUUUCACUACACAGUUGUUAAGCAUCGCAUUACUGUUCUGUGUGAAGUUUGUGGUUGAUUUUUGCCAGCAGCCACAAAAGUACAUCCUGAUCAACUGAUUGCUAGGAGGCUUCUUUAAUUCAGGUUUUCUAGGUUUUUAAAUGAGCAAGUCUUACAUUAUUUUCUCUGAUUAUUUAUGAAACUUGAACCAGGGAAGAGGAGGGGUUAAAUUCUCUCUAUUUUGAGCAUGGUGGUACUCUUCUCCAGUUCCUGUGUUCUGUAGUGGUCCUGGUGAAUUACCUCCCUAUUUUCAAAGUACCUAAAUUUACUUAACCUCUAUGUGUUACAUAUCAAACUGCCUAAAGUUAAGCAUAUAUGUCAAGAUUGACUUGGAAUAUUGAAUUGUGGACUGACAAGUUUCAGUAGAGAUUCUUAACCAUGGACCAAUUGUUCAAACUGGAGGCCUUAAAGUUUUGCUUAUGGCAGUGAUUCAGUAAAGGUGUCACAGGGAGAAAUGGAUGACCUGCUGAUGAACAACUGGAUAGAAUAAAUUAUGUCUUGAAAAAAGAAAAGAAAAGAUGAAGCUUCCAAUCAUGGGUGCAUGUCAUGCAUUGCUAUCGGAACAGUCCUCUAGAUUCUGUAUGCAAGCUUCUAGAAACAGAAUUGGGGAUAUUCUUGAGAGAAUGAGUCCUGUGCUUAUCAUCACCAGUGCACUCCCUCGUAAUAGUCAUAGGUGUUGGGUGAAACUUUGGAUAUUAGUGCAACAUCUUAAGCUAGUCCGUACUGGUGAGGUGUUUGAAAGAGAACUUCAGCUCUUGCAAUCUUUAAUUUAGUUCAUUUGAGCAUCUUAUUAAAGCACAACACCCUUUCUGAAGCUGGAAAAAUAAGUGUGUAAUAGAUGAACAGCUCUUGUACUUGGGUGCUCUUCUUGGUGGAGGCUGGAAGAGUGGAGAACUUUUAUAAUGAGUCAUAAUUUCACUUCUUAAAGUUGGCAAAAUGUCACAUAUUUAAAGCUUCUAAAUUUAUUUCUUUUCUAAACUGUGAUAGUCAUUUAGUUUUAUUAGGAGGGGCAGUUAAUUGUUACUUGCAAAUUACUUUUACAAAAAGACUAAGACCUUGGUAUCUCUCAUCGUGCCUUUUCAUUCUAUAAGACUAAAGCAGCCUACUUCCCUCCUUAAAGUUCAAACUCUCUUAAUACUGCUGUCACUAUCUGCAGCUUGUCUGCAGAGUAGACAGUUAAGAUGGGAUUUACCAGAACUACCAUAGAAUCAUGGAAUGGUUUGGGUUGGAAGGGACCUUAAAGAUAUCCAGUUCCAACCCCCCUGCCAUCAGUAGGGACACCUUUCACUGGAUCAUGUUGCUCAAAGCUUCGUCCAGCCUGGCCUUGAACACCUCCAGAGAUGGGGCAUCCAUGAUUUCUCUGGGCAACCUGUUGCAGUGCUUCACCACCUGCUUAGUGCAGAAUUUGUUCCUUACAUUUAAUAUAAAUCUACCCUAUUUCAGCUUAAAAAUGUUACCCCUCAUCCUGUCACUCCACGUGCCUGUAAAAAGCCCCUCCCCAUCUUUCCUAUAGGCCCACUUCGGUACUGGAGAGCUACUGUAACGUCUCCUCAGAGCCUUGUGUUCUCUGGGCUGAACAACCCAUAGUCUCUCAGCCUGUCCUCAUAUGGGAGCUGCUUCUGCCCUCUAACAAUCUUCAUGGCCCACCAGACUCCCUCCAACAGGUCUAUAUCCUUCUUACAUUGGACACCCCAGAACUGAACACGGGACUCUAGGUGAGGUCUCACCAGAGCAGAGUAGAGGGCAACUCCCCUCCCUCAGCCUGCUGGUCACAAUUCUUCUGAUGCAGCCCAAGAUAUGUUUGGCUCUCUGGGCUGCAAGUGUGCAUUGCUGGUUCAUAUUGACUUACCAAAGUCCUCGGGACUGCUCUCGAUCCACUCUACUCUCAGUCUAUAAUUGUGUUUGGGAUUGUCCUGACUCAGGUGCAGGACCUUGUACUUGGCCUUGUUGAUCUUCAUGAGGUUCACAGAAGCCCAUCUCUCAAGCCUGUCAAGGUCCCUCUGUGUGCCAUCCCUUCCCUCUUGCAAGUCAGCAGCACCACACAGAUUGGUGUCUUUGGCAAACUUGCCGAGGGUGCACUCCCAGUGUCCAUGUCGCUGACAAAGACAUUAAACACCACCAGUCCAAAUACUGACCACUGAGGAACACUGCUUGUCACUGGUCUCCACUUGGACAUUGAGCUGUUGACCACAACUCUUUCAGUGUGACCAUCCAACCAAUUCCUUACCCACCAAGUGGUCUAUCCAUCAAAUCCAUGUCUCUCCAAUUUAGAGACAAGGGUGUUGUGCAGGAUAGUUGAAUGCUUUGCACAAGUCCAGGUAGAUGACAUGAGUUGCUCUUGCCGUGCAAGAUGAGUUCUUGUGACAGAAGGCCCUUGUCACAAAACAGUGCCGGUGAAUCCUUCUCACUCUUCAUCUUCUUUUGCCAUCAAGUCAAAUGCCAAAACUAAAUAAAAACCAAAUUGGUUAAAACAAUGAAGCUGAUUUGGCAACAAAAUGAUACUUCUGCAUAAUCCUUUAUUGUGUUUCAAUGCCCUAAGCUGUGUGUGGGUUAGCUUUAUGAUGACUCCAGUUCUGAAAAGAAUAACAGCAUGAAUAACUUUAAUUUUGCUUCUAAUCACUCCUGUGUGCCUUUCAUGCUUUUGUGUCAUUUGGUACCAAGUUUCAGUCUAGCACACAAUGUGCAGAAAACAAAGAUGUAAUAUAAGAACUACAGGGGAUGAUUCUUGAUAAAGAACAAUUAAUGCUUUUUAAAUAUUUCAUAGUAUGAGUACUGCAAAAGCACUACAAAAUAAAUAAACCAAAUACAUUCCUUAAGUCUUUCAGGGCUAGUUCUGUGUAGACAGGGAGCUGGUUAGCUUCAAAUUAAACUGUUUGAGGGAGUUUUACAAAUCUCUUCUUCCCCUCUCUCUCCACCAUGUUCCUACAUCAAUUCUUUGAGUAUACUGGUUGUAAUAAAGCUGUUGUGCAGAGUUUAAGCUUGAAAAUCUUGAGUAAAUGACCACCUUAUUUCCAGACAGUUCAUAUUUCUCUGCUGCAAAUGGCAGUCUCUGAAAUGUGCACGUAACUUUUAAGUUAUAUGGACUUGAUAAGGUAUUACACUCACUUUAAAUUUCUAGUGAUAGAUCUGAAAUGCAAAUAUCAGCCUGCUGGGCUGCAGUCCCUUCUUGGGGAGCAAACUUUAUUUGUAGUACAUCACCUGCAUCUGUAGAACAGUUGCCUAUCAAAAACCUCACGGCUUUAUGCUUCUCUGCCAUGCAGAUGCACUCACUGACAAGAGUUGGCUUAACCCUGCAUUUGGGAAAUGUGCAGAGUUGAGGAGGGUUUAAUCUUGUGCCAUAAGUGAUACUCAGAAAUAGCUGUUAAAAAUGCUAAUUCUUCAUCUUCAGCUGUUUAAAAAAUCGCACAUUUUAACAUGUUAGUAUGGUGACUGAGGUUCAUAGUUAGUAUGGUGAAAUUGAGUUGCAAUACUGAGCCCAAAAAUAGAGCUUCAAGAACUGAUGCAACACGUCCAAAUCUUCUGAGCUCUUUGAUGCAGCACUUAGUAUAUUCCAUUUGCUAGCUAGUCAUCUUGUAUUUAUUUCAUUUAAAGACAGGGCUAGUAUCAUGAAUAAAAGCUGCUGAGAUGCCUGUGUGAGAACACCAGAAGCAAGGCCAAGGAGUGAGCCCUGCCUCAGACUGGGUGACUUCAGAGAUCCCCAAAUUGUGCAGCAGCGAUAAACCUCACCACAUCUCAAAUGGAAUUGAGCCCAACUCCUUCAGUGGUUUGGGCUUUUAAGCUGCUUUUCUAUUCCUCUACCUCCUUCUCCCUCAAGCUCUAAGAAGGAAAGCAAAAGCCCCGUAACUGCAUUUAUAAACAUGGAAAAAGGAGGCUAUCCAUUAGGGAUAAGUCAGAUCAGUGGAGCCCUGCUGCUGUUUUUGAGUGUGAGGGACUUAGGCUUUAGCGUAAUACUGCAACACAGCACAAAGCUAGUGCCUAGAGCCACUGGGGCCUCACUUCAUGUAAACAAUGAUGCAUCCCUGGCCUGUAUCCACCUUAUUCUAGGGCAUGAAUUAGAUGAGGGGAUUGGAACUAGAUGAUCUUUAAGGUCCCUUCCAACCUAAACUAUUCUACGAUUCUAUGAUGGCAUUUACUCAACUGAUUCAAGGAUCUCCAGUCACACAUUUUCGUGAAUUAGUUCAACAUCAGUGGCAAGGGGUGAUAACUGUCAUAUAGCUACACUGUAAUCUCCCCUAAUGAGGUGGCUUUCUCAACUUAAUUACUAUUGCUUUUUGGUCACUAUGGUGGGUAUCUUUGGAGAAGACAUAAUGAGGGAGAAAACUAGGUCACUCAUCACUAAUCUGCUUCCAUCCAUCUCUCACUCUCUGCCUGGCUGACUGGAGAUGUUGCCAUAGCACAGGAUCUCACUCCAGGGCUGCUUCUCUUUCACCAUGUCCUGACUUUAGCUCUGGUUCUGUUAUUCCAGCACAGGCCAUGGUGGAGUAGGAAAGACUUCUCUUUCUUGAAAACUGUCAGAUGUAGCAUAGAUACAGAAGAAAAUUAAUAGAUGUACAUCUGGAAUGGGAUUUCCAUUACUGGACAGUUAAUUACAGUUAUUUGCAUUAAACAGGCUUGUUAUUUGUCUUAACUGUUGGUUUGAUUUGCAUUCCCUCUUUAAAGGAAAGAUACUGUACUCGAAAGACAGUUCUGAUGAAAAAGGGAAAGAACACCUGCAGUUCGUGUAAACAGCAGCAUUUGUAUGUUUUAACAGAAUGCUUUAAGUAUUUUUAAGCUGUCAGGUCCUACGCUGUCACCCAAUUUUCAUUCCUUCUGUCA